AUGGCAUCUUCACAGACUCUUGAGUCAUCAUACGACUAUAUCAUCGUCGGCGGUGGUACAGCUGGCUUAGUCGUUGCGUCUCGACUCACCGAAGAUGCGGAGGUCCGUGUUCUAGUUGUGGAAGCCGGAGCUGACCAGAGCGCCAACCCUCUGGUGUUGACGCCGGGUCUAGUGGCUGGCGUGUAUGGCAAGGAGGAAUACGAUUGGAACUUCAGUUCCGUUCCCCAGCCUGGCCUGAACAAUCGUCGCAUCAACCAAUCUCGAGGCAAGAUGCUGGGCGGCAGCUCCGGUCUCAACUUCAUGCUAAUGCUGUACCCAUCAAGGGGCGUCUUGGACGCUUGGGGUGCUCUCGGCAACACUGGUUGGGACUUUGAUUCUCUUGCGCCUUAUUUCCGCAAGUUGGGAACUGAUCAUCCCCCUCCACAGUCGGCAAAGGAUGUCGUUGGCCUCGACUAUCAUGACGAGACUCUCAGCGGAAAUGGACCUUUGCAGGUGUCCUUCGGAGAGGGUUACAAUCCGUCGAAUACGGCUUGGAUGAGCACCUUCGCCAAUCUUGGUCUCGGCGUCACAGGAGACCCCCGAAGUGGCAAAGCGUUUGGGGCUUUCCAGAACCCGUGCAGCAUCGACCCAGAAACCAAGACUCGAAGCUAUUCGGCAAACGUAUACUACUCACCGGAAAUCGCGAAGAGGCCGAACCUUAUUGUGCUGACGGAAGCCAUGGUCAAGAAGAUCAACUUCGACACAUCCAGCGGUGAAGCCGUCGCAACGGGUGUGCAGGUUGUCACCAAAGAUGGCAAAGAGAGAACGAUCGCGGCUGACCUCGAGGUCAUUCUGGCUGCGGGCGCUCUCCAAACCCCUCAACUUCUGGAACUAUCCGGAGUGGGCGGAAAGCAGUUGCUCGAAAGCCACGGCAUUCCUGUUGUCAUCGACAACCCCAACGUGGGCGAGAAUAUGCAAGAUCAUGCGAUCGUCUGCCAGAGCUUCGAGGUCAACGAUGGAGUCCCAUCGGGCGACGUGCUGCGUGACGGGAACAUUCUGAACGCUGUCGUGGGACAGUACCAGGCAACACGCGAAGGUCCGCUCGGCCAGAGCACCAUCAGUUCCGCCUACACGCCGCUAGCCGACAUCAACGGCAUUGUUUCGGUGGACGAUAAGAAAAAGCUCUUUGCGGCUCAUGAAGGAAAAGUGAGCACGCCAGUGUCGAAGCUUGUGCGGUCCCUUCUUGAAUCCCCCGAUGAGCCAAGCAGUCAAUAUCUCCUGUUCCCGUCGCAGAUCACCAUCAACGACAACCCAGCCAACAUGGCCGAGUACAUCCUACCUUCGCGUCCCGAGAACUACAUCACCGUCAUGACCGUCUUGAACCACCCAUUCUCGCGCGGAACGGUGCACAUCACCAGUCCUGACCACAAAAUCUUGCCGGCGUGGGACCCGAAGUACAACUCCAACCCUCUCGAUCUGGAGUUGCUGGCGCGCAACGUUCAGUUCGUCGAAAGAAUCGUCGGCACGGAGCCUUUCAGCGAAAUUUUCAAGCCCGGCGGCAAGCGCCUACCCGAGAUCAAGGGUGAUGAUCUUGAGAGCGCCAAGGAGAUUGUGCGCCAAAGGCAGAUCUCCGUUUUCCAUGUUUCUGGAAGUUGCGCAAUGUUGCCGCGGGAGCAAGGAGGUGUCGUUGACGAGCGACUUCGUGUCUACGGGGCGAGGAAGCUUCGUGUGGUGGAUGCCAGUAUCUUCCCGAUUGAGCCGUUGGGCAACAUCCAGAGUACAGUUUACGCGGUGGCGGAAAAGGCGGCGGAUUUAAUCAAGGAGGAUCGGAAGCAGAACCGCAGUGCAUAA